ACACGUCAUGAUUAUACAAGCAUGGUUUCUUGCAAAACAUCUCUCUAAACCACAAACCAACUCACACCCACCUACGUGGCUGGGAUGAGGUAAAUACUAAAAGCGGUGUUCGGUGAACUCUUGAGGCACAUACGGGACUCUACACGCAGCUUCUCGGCACUGCAGCACUAUUCAAGUAGCUUUGUUUGGCUUCUUUUUGCACAGCAAACAAUCUAGCAAAAUACUGUCUGCACGGUCCUAAUCACAGCGAUGCUCCUGCCACAGUUCACUCUAGCUCUGUUGUCUGUUUUCGGAGUUGCCAAUGCUCUUCGCUGCUACCAGUAUUCGACAACGAACGGGACGAUUGAAACCGAAUGCGUCGACCGCAACGCGUCUUGCUUUACAGGAAUUCAAGAGGGCGGCUGUCGCGCCAACUGUACCGCAAACGCCUCUGUCAUCGAUUGCUGCGACUUGGAUCUCUGCAACAAUAAUGAAACAGUUGCAACACUGUUGCCUACCCUACCUUCUGCUACGCCACCAACAUCAACAAACAUGACAUCAACACCGGGUAUUCGAUGUUACAGUUGCUCACAGCCUAACAAGGAACUGUGUGAUACACAUCAGACUGAAAACACGUGUAACGCAGAAGAAGUGUGUCGCACUAUAGUGCACAAGCUACCACCGAGGUUUGGGGGAGAUGUCACUUCAUUUCAAAGAAACUGCUUUCCCAGAUCAACCUGCAUGGAAUCAGACAACUGCAAUGGGCAAAAUGGUGGAGACUGCAUUAGAUGUUGUGAUUGUGACUUUUGUAACGAUGGAGACAUUGAGACUCCACAGAUGUGUCCAGUGCCUCUGAAAUGCUACAGUUGCUCACAGAAUAACGAGGAGGGGUGUGAUACACAUCAAACUGAAAUAACAUGUGGGGAAGGAGAAGGGUGUCGCACUAUAGUGUACAAAACACCGUUUGGAGGAGGAAUUGUCACUUCAUUUCAAAGAAACUGCUUUCCCAGAUCAAACUGCAUGGAAUCAGACCAAUGCAAUGGGCAAUUGGGUGGAAACUGCAUUACAUGUUGUAACACAACUUUAUGCAAUGGACCAGGUACACCAACCCCAGCAGUUACUCCAAGUAUAAAUAUUACAAGUACAAGGAUUACAAGUACAAGGAUUACAAGUACAAGGAUUACAAGUACAAGGAUUGCAAGUACACAGAGUGCUGCAAGUAUUCUUAAUCCACUGUCAGGAACCCUGCUUGCUGUUGCCUUAGCAGUCAUCUGGUGACCAUCUUGCUGGACAAAAAUUAGUAGUCAUUCUUGUUUAGCUCAAUUUAUUAGUAACGGGUUUUGUUCCCAAUAGAUUGGUCAUAGUAUAAUGAGUUUAGAUUUACGUUGUUUGGAAGUAGUGAGUAUUGGGCUGGAUGCAAUUAUUAACAUUUUUAGCAAUUAGAAUAGUGUAAGCAAUAUGUCUACUAAAAUACUGUCUGGGA